CUCUGCUCCAGACACUUUCAUCCGAGUGUCGCUGCUGGACUCUUCAGUUCUCAUAUUUUCAUAUUAGAUCGCUGUUACAAAAACCCCUUGAGCAAAUUGACUAAAUUUUGAGACGUUUUUUCUGACUAUCGAUCAGAAAUGUCCACCGACGGAAACGAUGCACCACUUAUCAGAGCUCCAAGUGAGCAAACUUCAAUCAACAUGGGAACUCGCGGAAGGUGAGGAAACAUCAUCGAACAAUCAGGCCUUGAAGGUGGCAGGAGUGACUCUGCUGGCUGGCAUACUGAUCGCAGGUCAGGCCUUCACCGCCUACAUGGCCUACAGCCAGAAGGAGCAGCUCAACACCCUGGAGAGACGCAGCGACCGCCUGCAGGAGAUCAGCCGCAAGUCUGUCAUGCGUGCCCCCUUGCAAAUGCAUCUCCCCAUGAGCUCUCUCGCUCUGACAUAUGAGGAGGCGCCCAAGGAGAAGAAGGAUUCCUCUUCCUCAACUCCUAAACCAGAGCUCACCCAGUGCCAGAAGGAGGCUUCUGGGGAGGUCAAGAGUCUCCUGCCAUCCUUCCGCCCCAGGUGUGAUGAGAAUGGAGACUAUCUGGCCCAGCAGUGCUGGGACAAGACUGACUGGUGCUGGUGUGUGGACAAGAACGGCGUUGAGAUUCAUGAUUCCCUGACUAACACCAGUGAUACUAAGUGUCAGGGCUUCAAUUCCGCUGAUAAAGUGGUGUUGGAGCCUCUGGUUGGGACAGAUGGCCAGUGAAAAGGAGCAGCGUGGAGCAGUUAAAGCAUAAAUGUCAUUUUCUGGCAUCUUUACCUUUAACACUUGUACUUUCACAUUUACUUUAGAUUUAUGGUUUGGUUUGAGGUAAACGUCUUCAUUCAGUCUAUUAAGAUAUUUUGCUGUCACAAUCUAAAAGUUAAUUGUUUUGUAUUGUACUGGUAAUUAUUACAGACUAUAUUAGAUUAACUUCAGCUGUGUUGACCUUUUAUGAAAAGCUUUGACUUGAUGGCAAACUAACUUUUUUAACUAACCUUUAAUGUUCUUUUAUUGUGAGUAUAAAAUGGAUUAAGAGAGCUAAGUAAUAUAUAGAAGGAUAGCUGAAAUUGGAUGAUGGAUAGCUAACAAAGAUGGACAAUAAAAUUAAUUACUAACUA